UUAGGAUUUUUGAAUUUGGACUGGACUGGUUGUUGAGUUAGAUUGCCCUAUUGGAUUUGUUUGCCUUUUGUGACCUGUAAUUGGGUCUUUGUAAUGGAGCCUACAAGAAAGAGGAAAUCCUCCCCUGUCUGGGAGUAUUUUGAAAUUGUUGCUCACAAUAAAGUAUGUGUAAUUGUUAUAUUGUACUGUGUUAAUAUUAUUAUAAGACACACUUUAUGGCAGUAUGGUCUUUCAUGUCUAUUAUUUCAUGUUUUAAGGUGAAAUGCUUGCUGUGCCAUAAGGAGCUUACAUACAGCAAUAACACCUCUUCCAUGCUCAGGCAUUAUCGAGCACUGCAUGAGCAUGCACAAACUACUGUCAAUCCACAGACAAGUCAAAUAUCAAAGAAAGAAAUGGUGAAUGAGGCCUUGGUGAACAUGAUCAUCAAGGACUCCCAACCCUUUUCCAUCGUGGAGGAUGCUGGGUUUAGGGAGCUUCUGCAAGUGUUGGAUCCCACUUAUGUUAUUCCUACUCGAAAGGCUUUGAAGGGUAUGGUUGAAAAUAAAUACAGGGAGACUAAGGAGAAGACAAGAGAGCAGUUGCAGAAAGUUGUGUCUGUAAGCCUUACAUCUGACAUGUGGACAUCACUACACAUGGAUGCAUACCUUGCAGUAACCUGCCAUUUUAUCGAUGAAGAGGACAAGCUCUGCACCACUUUAUUAGAUGUACAACAUUUCCCUAAGUGUCAUACUGCAGAGAACUUGGCUACUGGACAUAUGAAGAUCAUGGAGGAGUGGGGCAUAAAAGAUAAAGUAAAGUGUCUGGUAACUGAUGCUGCAGCCAACAUGAUAGCAUGUGUACGAACAUUAAAUGUUAGGCAUGCAAUAUGCAUUGCACAUGCACUUAAUUUAAUUGUAAAAAAGUCUUUUGAUGACAUCAGUAGCUUCAAUGAAAUUCGCACUAAAUGUAGAAAACUUGUGACAUUUUUUGGAACAAGCACUACUGCAAAAGAGAGACUGGCCCAAGUACAGGAACAGAUGGGGAGACCAGUUCUUAAGUUGAUUAUUGAAGUGGACACUCGCUGGAACAGCACUUAUAACAUGCUAGAACGACUCCAUCAGUUGAGAGAACCAGUGGGGGCAGCCCUGGCCUCUCUAAGGACUGACAUUACCCCUCCCACAGCACUGGAGUAUGAGGCAGUUCAAGAUGCUCUCCAUGUUCUUGCCCCUUUCCACCAGGCUACAGUAGAGCUUUCUGGAGAGAAAAGAGUAUCUGCCUCCAAAGUGAUACCUUUGAUGAAGAUGCUACAUCACAACAUAACAAACAAGUCUGAAGGCCUCAACACAAAUUUUGCAAGGCAGCUGGGUGACAGCCUGGUUCAGAGGGUCAGGGAAAAGGCUGUUCAUUUAGAAACACUAAGUGUGAUGACUAUACAGUACCCACAUUACUGGAUCCCAGAUUCAAAAAAAUCGGAUUUUUAAGUCAAGGAAAAAUGCAAGAAGCCAUAACAAGAUUAAUAUCUGAAUGUGCUACUGUCAUAAGAAGUGCUGGUGUUAAUUGUGUUUCCACCAAUACCCACCCAGCUCAGCUGCCAGCCUCUUUAGAAGCAGGCCAAUCUACAAACCUCAGUGACCUUUGGCACCUGCUGGAUAGCAAGGUUGAUCUAAGUAGAAGGAGCUCAAGUGCAAUCGCAGAUGCUACUGUUGAAGUGGACCGAUACUUAUCUGAAGUGAAUGUCACAAGAACGGAGGACCCACUAGUAUAUUGGGCUCAACACAAACAUCAGUACCCACACUUAUACCAGCUGGCACUAUCAUUUUUAUGUUGCCCUGCAUCUUCCGUUCCAUGUGAAAGGAUCUUUUCCAAGGCUGGAGAGGUUUUAUCUAAAAAGAGGAAUCGUCUUAAUCCCAACA